AUGACGGGCGAGGCUUCAAGUAGUAAUAAAGAAGAUGCCUUUUUAAUAGUAAGUGGUGGGCAGGACUCACCUGCUAGCAUAAAUGGUAGAUAUAUAUUAUAUAGACGACAAGAUCCAGAAAAACCAGCCGAGAAGCCAGCUGAAAAACCAGCCGAGAAGCCAGCUGAAAAGCCAACUAAAAAACCAACUGAAAAACCAGCCGAGAAGCCAACUGAAAAACCAGCCGAGAAGCCAGCUGAAAAACCAGCCAAGAAGCCAGCCGAAAAACCAGCCAAGAAGCCAGCCGAAAAACCAGCAGAGAAGCCAGCUGAAAAACCAGCAGAGAAGCCAGCCGAAAAACCAGCAGAGAAGCCAGCCGAAAAACCAGCAGAGAAGCCGGCCGAAAAACCAGCAGAGAAGCCGGCCGAAAAACCAACUGAAAAGCCAGCCGAAAAACCAGCUGAAAAACCAGCCGAAAAACCAGCUGAAAAACCAACUGAAAAACCAACUGAAAAGCCAGCUGAAAAACCAACCGAAAAACCAGCUGAAAAACCAGCUGAAAAACCAAUUGAUGUUCCAAAAGCAAAACCGACUGGAAAACCAAUUGAUAUAAAUGAUCCAGAUGAUCCAAAAACAAAAACAACUGAAGAACCAGCUGAAAAACCAACUGAAAAACCAAUUGAUGUUCCAACUGAUGUCCCAAAGGUAGAUGAUCCAAAAACAAAACCAACUGAAGAACCGGCUGAAAAACCAACUGAAAAACCAAUUGAUGUUCCAACUGAUGUUCCAAAGGUAGAUGAUCCAAAAACAAAAACAACCGAAGAACCAGCUGAAAAACCAACUGAUAGACCACCACUAAAACGACUAUUAACAUCGAUACACCUACAGUUACCAAUACUAACAUUGAUACACUCACAAAUUCACCCUAAUAAUCCUGCAAAGAGCAAUCCUGCAGAGUCUAUAACAACGAGCGAUAACGGAUCAAGCAAUACUGAAACCGCAACUGAUCAAUUUAUUCCACCUACAACUUUACCAAUCAAGGUGACAACUUUGUCUAAAAAUGAAAAUGAAGUGGCUACCACUACUACAUUUGCACCAGAUCUACCUAGGGUUAUUGUUAGUGAUAAUAAUGAAUCACCGCCACCAAAUAGUGUCUUCAUAAAAAUAAAAUUACAACUUCCAUGGGAUAAAAUAGUUGCAAAUGAUGUUGUACCAGUUCAAAUUAUGGAUUUCUUGCCUAAAGAUCUUGCAAAAGCAGGAGGAAUUCCAUCUGAAGAAAUCAAGCCUAUUUCAUUAGAGGCUUCUGAUGGUGGUGAAGUUUUGCUUAAUAUCGCUAUCCCAGGAAAUAAAGUUAAUAUUAUUAAUGAUGUGAUAAAAAAUCCUACAAGUUCUUUUUAUACAAAUGCUACUACGCCAGAGUUAAAUCAUAGCGUAGAUUCAACAAGUUUAGUCAGUAGUGAGCCAGACAACAACAACAAUAAUCUAAAUCCAACAGUUAAUGGACCAAUACUUCCCAAUAGUACACAAGGUGAUUCAUCAGAUUCAUCAAAUAAAGGUUUAGUAAUAGGAUUGGCAGUAACUGGCUCAGCUUUAUUAUAUGCAGGAUUGACAGCAUUGGUUAUAAGAGCAUAUAGACGAAGCAAAUUAAGAUCUUUGCAGCAACAAAAUGAUGCUAAUUAUAAUUAUGGAGCAGAUCUUGGAACUGGAAUUAAUAAUGUUAAUGAUAUCGGUGAUGGUGGCAACGGCGGUGUUGAUAUGAAUAAAUAUAUAGAUUAA